AUGGAUUACGUUACGACAUUAAAGAUUUUAGUAAUCGGUGAAAGUGGUGUGGGGAAAUCCAGCAUUAUCCUAGCGUUUACAACCGGUGACUACAAUGCUUCAUUCCCUGCUACAAUUGGAGUUGACUACAAAUGCAAAGUUAUGGAUGUUAACGGCAUGAAGGUUAAGCUUGGAAUUUGGGAUACAGCGGGGCAGGAGAGAUAUAGAACAUUGACUUCUAGUUUUUACAGGGAUGCUCACGGUGCUAUAUUAGUGUAUGAUGUGUCUGAGCCGAGAACGUUGACGAAACUAAACGAGUGGGCUGAGGAGCUCCAAGUGUAUUCCACUAAGAAGAACAUUGUAUGUUUAGUUGUUGGCAAUAAGAUUGAUAAACAAAACCGCGUAGUACCAAGAGAACAUGGCAAGGCAUUUGCCCAGAAACACAGGAUGUUAUUCAUCGAGAGCAGCGCCAAGACGCAGGAAGGCAUCAAUUUAGCUUUUGAAGAACUCGUUCAAAAGAUAAUAGAGACGCCUGGGCUUUGGGAAACCGGUGGAUCGUCGUCCAACAUCCGUAUCACAAACGAUUCCGAGAGAAGACAACAAGAACAGUCUUCGUGUUAUGAUUACACAUGCACUAUUUAG